AUGCAGGCGGAGCAGGGCGGCAGCCGGGCCCGCAGGGAAGGGGUCCGGCACGGCCGGCGGCGGCCUAGCGGCGCGGCCGAGGCAGCAGCUGAAGGAAGCGGCCGGGACUGCCACGGUCCCGGAGGAGGCGGGGGCCGGGGAAGAGGCGGCGCUUACGGACAACGAGGAGGCGGGGGCCGGGGCAGGCGACAGCCUCGAGGUCGCGGGGCAGCGCCGCCGCCCAGCGCUCCCCAGCACCAGCGGGUAGCGGAGGACGAUGAUACCGAAUCACGACCGGAAGAAGAGAAGGAAGAACUGAAAUGCUAUUCAAGAAGAAAGUUAUUUUCCAACUGGAACCGCUAUGAAGAUACAGAAAAAGAGGAACAGAAUGAACAUGGGGAGUCACAGAGAGGAACAGACUUCAGUGUUUUGCUUAGCUCAGCAGGAGAUUCCUUUACACAGUUUCGAUUUGCUGAUGAGAAAGAAUGGGAUAAAGAAAGCAUAAGCCAUAAGCAGUUCUCUGCACUUUCUGUUGACUGCCAGUCUUUGGUCCAGGCCCUUCAGGAAUUGCCUCUACAUCUGAAAUUGAAUGUAGCUGCUGACCUUGUACAGGCAUCAACACCUGUAGAGCUCCCACAGAUGAAAUCUAAAAUUUUUGAAGAUGUCAAGAGAAGAGAUCAGCUGUUCCGACAGUCUCCAGCUCAAAGUGACACCGUAUUGGUCUCCCCUCUUGUUGGUAAUUCUGUUGUUACAUCAGAGCCUGGAAGUAAAAAUGGCUCUAAGGCAAAUGCAGGAGAACCAUUUCAGAGAAUCCACCCACUAUCAAAGCAAGAGACUGACCAUUUGGAUGAAGAACUGGAUCUUCUCCUGAAUCUAGAGGCUCCCAUGAGUAUAAGAAACAGACCUGUGUCAGGCACAUUAUCCUACAACAUAUCAACUGAGAAAGAUUUGAAAAUGGAUUGUAAGGAAAGUGACCCUUUGAAAGUAGAUAUGCCUGAAGAGAAGAGUACCUCAUCACAGCAACAGCAAAGUACAUCUAAAGAUGUUACUGAGGAAGAGCUUGAAGAUUGGCUGGACAGCAUGAUCUCCUGAAGCUCAAAUUUCCUCAUGUGAAUAAUUGAAUAUAGCAAACAUUACAUAAAAAGUUGAACUUUUCUUUAUCUUUUUAUUUCCUUUCUCUGUUUCACCUUGUUCAGUGUACCAGUAUGCUGGCUUCUAAAAUUUUUUGCAACCAAAAUUAUUUAGGUGGGAUUGAAAAUUGUCGAAGACUAAUAAAAUUAUUAAAAAGGUCUAAAAUUUGUGAUGAAAUUGGAAUUUUCUUUGCUAAAGAAGCAGGCUAAGAGAACAGUUAUUGCAGCUUGUACUUGCUCUAUGUAGUCCUUAAAAUAAAGCCAUGACUGAACAGUGAA